GACUAACUUCAUUUCUAUUAUUAUCUGCUUACUCGCCUGCCAGUUCAUAAUAUUGUUUUUGUUUACAAAAAUGCUGUAACCAAGAGACUUCGGGGAAUAUAAUCAAAAAUAAAUUAUGGAUAAAUCGAAAUCAUAUGCAGAAAUUACCACUCCGAACAAUUACCAAAACGUUGUGAAUGAUUGGCCAGAAUUAAAAAAUCAGUCGAAAAGUCAAAUCAAACAAAAAGAACCAGUCAACAGUGCCAACCAAUCGGAUCCAGAAAAUCAAGAAGUGAAUACUCUUACAAAUGCUAUACAACGUUUGAGCACCGUCGAUAGGCUGCAAACCACUGAAGUAGUUGGUGAGCAAAAAUCUAGGGAUGACAUCAGAGCUGAAAGACGAAUUCGUCGUAAAAAUGAUAAAUUAAAAAAGAAGGACGAACAUCUACAGCAGAAGAUAACUCAAAUCAGAGAACCAAAAUCGCAAAAAAUUCAAAUCGUCGAUAAAGCAGCAUUGGAUACUUAUGUGAAUAGCCGUAAACUAAGCCCAGUUAGAGAUCGACAGCGUAAAUUCAAAAGCCAUUCCACCGUGAAAAUUGAUCUACUCGAUUUGAUAAACACGAAAAUUGUGAGGCCGAUAGACAGGUCAUCCAUCCAAAGUAGACAGACCGGAAAAUUAACCAGCAGCACGCAACGUCACAAGGGAAAGAAAAGUGAAGUUCUGAAAAAGAAGUAUGUGUCGCCGCUUAAGAGGAGCAUUCUGUCGUCCAGAUUAUUGCGAAAUCAAUUGAAAUCAGAGGCAACAAGUCAGCCGCAUGAUGUUGACUCCGAUUUGAAAGAUACGGAUUCGAAUAACGUCGAUCCAAAAAGAUUAGACGACAAACCAACCACACUCAACGAACUACCUUCGAUUGAACCUACGGGUUUUCAAUUCAGUCGUAAAUUCAGACCAUAUUGUGAUAACCUAACGAGUACCGAACUUCUAUCGAUCACAAAAGCUCUGCUAAGUGAUAUUUUCCGUUUCCAAGACCGUGCCUACAACAAAAACGAAGUCAAAGCACGAAGUCAACGACGAUUCGUGGUUGGCUUCAAAGAGUCAAUGCGACAGUUGGACAUUGGAAAAGUGAAACUGCUGAUAAUAGCACCGGACCUGGAAACUGGUGGCGACAUAGCCGAGACAAUCGAAGAAAUGAAAACGAAAUGCCAGAAAUUGGAAAUUCCUUAUGUCUUUUCGCUGAAACGCCGCCAGUUGGGAUAUGUUCUGUUGAAAAAGGUUCCAAUCAGUUGUGUGGGCAUCUUAAACUACCAAGGAUCUGAAGAAAAUUCGCAGAAGCUGCUACUGUUAAUACAAGAAGAAAGGUUGCGUUUUCGAGCGGCCGUGUCCAGUAGAAAAUAAAUAGUCGAUGCAUUUGAUUGAAGUCAUUUGAUUGG